AACAACUACUCUUUCCAGAUCUGAAUAGCUGUCAAUUCCUGAAAAAGAAAAUGGCUCAAACAAACUUACGUUUCAAAGUCGGUCAAACUCUUGAAGUAAGAUCUUUCGAAGAUGGAUAUCGUGGAGCUUGGCUUCGAUGCGAGAUAUUAAACAUAUACACGAAGGAGGGGAAACUGUUCUAGAGCUUGAAGUCUCUUGAUUACGAUGAAAAAGGCAUGAAUAAACUUUUGAAAAUCUUAUACGGUUCAGAGAUAUAUCACACACAAGUCUAUCAACGGUUUGAAGAUGAGGAGAAAGAGUGGCUGAUGGUUCGACCAUCAUAUCCACCAUUUUAUUAUGAGCGCCAUGUCCGUAAAAUCGAGGCUGAUCAAGCACCUCUUGUUGUCGUUUAUGGCUCUUGGAAGGUAGGAACACUGUAUCUGGUGUGCAACGGUAUUGGAAAUGGAGAGAAAUGCAUUACAGAUUGAGUUUUUUCCACCACCACUCGGUGAAGGAGAAACGUAUAAAGCUUUACGCAAGGAGGUGCGUCCAACAUUGGAUUGGUCACUUGAAGAUGGCUGGACACUGCCAAAUAUGGAUGGACGAAAAAGUCGAAGUGUUAAACUCUUGAAAAGUGAGAAAGGAGAUCAUGUAACUCCAUGUGCUGACCAAACUGGAAAAGAGCAAACAGAGAGAGCUAAGAGGCAGAGGACAGAGAGAGAAAUGCAGCAAAAGAAAGGCAGAGGAGAGAUUCGACUAAAUAUAGAAGAGUCAGAUUCAGUUGAAGCUGCAGUUUAUGACUUGGAAGAGCUUAUCGUUAGAAUUGAAUGGAUAAAAAAGAUGCUAAGCCCAGAUGUUGGAGAAGGUUCAACGUGGAAAUAUCAAGAUUACCGCCCAUCUUCCAAGGGAAUGUGAAUUCAUAGUGGUGAUAGGUUUAGCCGUUAGGAGUUGAAACUGAUAGCUAGUGAAGUUCGAUGAAGAAACCAUGAGCGAAAUGGAAAAAAACUAGAGUUUUGUGAAACACCGGAAAAGACUUAUUGAUGAUGUAGGCUGUGUAUAUAUUUUUUCAAACUCCCUAAGAAUGCUAAUGACCAAUUUCAUCUUUGUACACAUGUUUUGGAUUUUAGUUGGGAAAUAUGUAGUUAACCUUUUUA